AUAGGCUGGAUUUGUCAAUAGAAACAAUUAAUAUUUUCUUUGAACGUCAUGAUAUACAAAGAUAUAAAUUUGAUAUUGAUUUAAAGGGAAAUGUAUUUAUAGUUGAGGUAGAAAAAGCAGUGCAUGCAUCAGUUAUUGAAGUUCCUAAAGGAGCUUAUUAUCAAUUACGUGAAAAAGAAAAACCGUCAGCACCUGAUAUUGCUAUAUAUCUGAGCUUGAAUAUUAUUCCAAAAUCUUAA